GUGAAAUAUUAUUCUGUGACUUGAACUUUAAGUUUUGAACUUUUGGUUUGUAGUUUGCAACUUUUUCAUGUAUAUUUUUCCUUGAAAAGUAUAAAUUUGGAUGUUCCAUUAUAAUUUUCAAUAAGAAUGUCUAAUUAUAGAGAAAAUCCUAAUGCAGCUCAUAACGAGUUUGAAAAAUUCAUCAACAAAUUAGCGUCUUGUGUGAGUUUAGAGGAUGUGGAUAAAAUAACUACUAUUCUGAAAGUGAAAAAUGAGUUGGUGAAUUAUAACAGCAAUUUAUUGUCAACUGCCAUGUCUACUGUGAUAGAAAAAUUAUCUACCAGCAUUGAUCUUGAUACGAAACUCAAAAACCUGCAUGAAUUAGAGAAAGAAAGCAAUGGACCCGCAUGGAGGCCUGAAACAGGUAAGUGCGAUGUUGAGUCAAUUGAAGGAGAACACUUGAAAAAACAAGUGAAAAUGUUGAAAAAAAAAUUAAACGAGGUUAGGAAUGUGUCAUCAAUACUCCAAGUAGAAAUAGAAGAUUUGAGAAGUCAAGUUCGAGCACAGCAGACAGAAAUGGAGAAACUCAUCAGUUGUUGGGAGAGUCAAGAGGAGAAAAAAAAUAUUGAUUGUGAAUAGCUAGACCACAUAUAACAUUUAAGUUGAUAUAUAAAUAAAUUUUUUAAGUUUGG